AUGGCAGACUUUGCGCCCUAUCAAGAUAUUCCCGAGACUGCACGCGCUCUCAGCCCGCCCAUCGCCUCUCCACGUACCUCGCUUGAUCGCACGCGCAACAUCGGCACCGCCGCCGUAACCUCACCCACAAGCCAGUCAUACCAGCAGAGUGAUUAUUUUGGCGGCGAUGAUGUGGAGGAGCAGCCGGAGCGCGUGCCGUGGAAUGCGUCCCUGGGAGGCCCCAGAGAAGAUGUCGACAUGUUCUCUACAAGCAUUGGGUUAAGAAUGGACUAUGCGGCGUGUCUGGCAUACUUGCUACUUCCUCCUGCGGGGCCUGUGGCACUGUUGAUAUUUGAGCAUCGGAGCGACUAUGUGAGGUGA